AUGUUCCUUUAUCCGUUUUCGUGUUAUCUUUUUUCUUUACUUUUUUUAUCCGAUUUUGCUAUUCUUUUCUUUUUAUUUUUCUUUCUUUUUACUUUUCUUUCUUUACCUUUUGCUUUUCUCUAUUUACACCUUUUACUUGUCUUUCUUUAUCCCCCCUUUCUUUCGUUCUUCAACCACUUUUUUCUUUCUUUUCUACCUUAUCCAUUCUUCUUUCUCCAUUUUCUUUUCUCUUCCACUUUUUCUUUUCUUUCUUUUCCCACUUUUCCUUGUCAUUCUUUAUACUUCUUUUUUCCGAUUUCUUUCCUUCCCUUUUUCAUUUCGCCGUUUCUUUUCGUUUCGUUUUACAAUUUUUCUUUUUUUACAUCUUUUUAUUUUCUUUCUUUUUCUCUUUUCUUUUUUCUUCACCUUUAUUGCUUUUCUUUCUUUUUACCCGUUUUCUUUUACUUCUUAAUCCGUUUUCUAUUUCUUCUCUGGCCUUUUUCUUUUCUUUCCUUACUCCUUUUCUUUCUUUACCACUUUUUCAUCUUCUUUUUAGCCGUUUUCUUUCCUAAUCCGUUUUUCUUCUAUACCUCUUUUCUAUUUCUUUCUUUUUCCCUUUCCUUUUCUUCCUUUAUUACUUUUCUUUCUUUCUUUUUACCCUUUUUCUUUUAA